AUGUCGAAGCUCGACAGAACGUGGCGGCGCCCGGGAGCUCUGCGAAAAGGGGCCGCCGAGACCACACACAAAAAAAGAACGACGAGAAAAAACACAGGAGGUGGGCUCGGGGCGCCCCCGGCUGGCCAUUGCCUGCGUCUCUUCGACCUAUACACUCUAUCGACCCCUUCUUUUCGUAUAGUUCGCGUUUCUUUUAUAACCAAUAGAGUGAGAGCUCGGGAAGAAGGGCUCGACUGCCGCGGUCGUCAGUUUUUUUUUCCGCCCAAUGCUCUCGCGACAUCUAAAAGCAUGUGA